CCCAGAUGGAAACGCAGGCAAGUGAAAUUCGGUGAGGUCAUGUAUUUUUUAAGCCGCACAACGGAAUAAAUCAUCCUUCAACCGGCAGCGUAAACAAAGAGUCCGGAGCAUUAUUCGGCUGAUCGGACCGCGCGCGCGGCGGCGAGGGGAUCGAUACCGUUUCGUUCGAUGACGGAGAGGACAUUUUUGGAUGCACAAAAAGCUGUAAUUGAAGAUUUCGCCAUGAACAAAAACAAGAGAGAAAGAGAGUUCUACAGCCUCGACGUUGGAGAUUCGACGUUCACAGUACUGAAGCGAUACCAGAAUUUAAGACCCAUCGGCUCAGGAGCCCAGGGAAUCGUCUGCUCUGCUUAUGACCAAAACCUUGAACGGAAUGUUGCCAUCAAGAAGCUGAGUCGGCCGUUUCAAAACCAAACCCAUGCCAAGAGGGCGUAUAGAGAGCUAGUCCUAAUGAAAUGUGUCAAUCACAAAAAUAUCAUUGGCCUAUUGAAUGUAUUCACACCACAAAAAUCAUUAGAGGAAUUCCAAGAUGUAUACCUGGUGAUGGAGCUGAUGGAUGCAAACUUGUGCCAGGUCAUCCAGAUGGAGCUGGACCAUGAGCGGCUGUCCUAUCUGCUAUAUCAGACGCUGUGCGGUAUCAAACACCUGCAUGCCGCCGGCAUCAUCCACAGGGACCUCAAGCCUAGUAAUAUAGUUGUCAAGUCCGAUUGUACACUGAAGAUUUUGGACUUUGGCUUGGCUCGGACGGCUGCCACGGGCCUCCUGAUGACACCGUAUGUGGUUACACGCUACUACAGAGCACCCGAGGUUAUCCUGGGGAUGGGCUACCAAGCCAAUGUGGACAUAUGGUCUGUGGGCUGCAUACUCGCAGAAAUGGUUCGCCAUAAAAUCCUCUUCCCAGGAAGGGACUACAUCGACCAGUGGAACAAGGUAAUUGAGCAGCUCGGCACUCCAUCUCAGGAUUUCCUCAUGAAGCUCAACCAGUCCGUGAGAACGUACGUGGAAAACCGGCCGCGCUACGCUGGGUACAGCUUUGAGAAGCUCUUUCCGGAUGUGCUGUUCCCUGCCGACUCUGACCACAACAAACUGAAAGCGAGCCAAGCCAGAGAUCUUUUAUCCAAGAUGUUAGUGAUCGACGCCUCCAAGCGCAUCUCCGUGGACGAGGCCCUGCAGCACCCCUACAUCAAUGUUUGGUAUGACCCAGCUGAAGUGGAGGCGCCCCCACCAAAGGUCCUGCACAAACAUCUGGAUGAGAGGGAGCACACAGUGGAAGAGUGGAAGGUGCUAAUUUAUAAGGAAGUGAGCGAAUGGGAGGAGUGGAAAAGAAAUGGCGUGAUAAGAGGCCAGCCGCCUCCUUUAGGUGCAGCAGUGAUUGACAGCCCCCCUCAGCCCACGUCGUCCUCCUCUUCUUCGGCCAACGAUGUCUCGUCCAUGUCCACCGAGCCUACUGACGCGAGCAGUGACCCCACCAUGACCUCUGAAAAUGACAGCAGCUUGGACAGCCACACCUCUCUGGGUGCGCUGGCCUGCUGCAGAUAACGCAAACAUACAAUACAUGUGUGUGUACACACACACACACACACACACACACACAAAAAGCGAACCUCUCCUCAUCGGUGUAUGUGAUAGGAGAGAAUUUAAGCCAAUUUCUAACUAACUUCUCAUGUUAGUUUGUAGAGCUGCGCUUUUAAUGUACAGUUUGUUUUUAUUUCCCCCUCCCCUUAUACUGCUGUAAAUUAUUGUGGUUUGGAAUUGUAUCAUUAUUACUGUAUUUUUUCAGCAAAGAAUCAGAGUAUGUUAUGAUGUGAAUCUGUGAUGUGUGUUACGAGAAAGAGGGAUUGAAGUGUACUUUACACGUUGCUGUUUUUAGCUGCUGCUACACAGUCUAAUACCACAGUUAGCACUGCAAUAUUAUGUUGAAUAUAUUUUUUUGAAUUCUCCGUUUGGUAUUUUUGUUUUGAUUUCGGUACAUUUGGGUAAAUCUACACAAAUUCUCUUUUUAACAUUAGAAAAUUGCGCACUUCACCUGGGACCCGAUUGCACUGAAUGAUUUUAUUUUGAUAUUGUUCUUCAUCUUUCUUGUAGAAAGCCUCCUCUGGUGUAUCAAAGUUACCUUACUUCUUAGUAUUAUGUCACCUUUUUGACUGCGUGCAUCUUGACAAGCGGUCAAAUUGUCUAUUUCCCAGGACACUGAAUUUCUUUUUUACUAUAGCGUACUAUUAACUGACCGUGUUUGAACUUGUUUAGUAUCUUGGAUGUAAUUUGUAUGCGAUGGUCUGUUUGAUGAGGAAGAACAGGGUGAAUGUAACCGAGUAGAAGUGUGGCGUAGUCCGGAGCCAGUGAUAACCGUUAGCGCUGUAAUAUUUUAAUGUAGGCCACUCCACUGGCUAGAAUGAGUUCUGUAUUUGGAGACUGUCCCCAGAGACUAAGUCUAGAUGAGUCACCUUACCCCUUUGGCAGGUCCUUUCAGACAUUAUUCACAGCUGUCUGAUAUUUUACAUAUUUAUUUUAAGUGCCCUUACUCCGUUCAAUGAUUUUCAGUCCUCUCUGUUGCAGAUGCUUCUGUAAUGCGUCUUUCCGAGUUCUAACUGAGUUCUACCUCACACGUCUGUAGAUACAGUAUGCAUAUCAUGGCACGCAUCGUUCAUAAUAGGGGGGGAAAAAAGAUACUUUUUUUUUUCUGCAUUUGCUUUAAUCAUUUAUUUAUUUAUUUAUUUCCAGGUAGGAUUACUAUUGUAUUUAAUGUACAUUUCAUUCAGAAUUACUAUUUAUAUGCAUUUUGUUUCAUUUUUUGUGCAAUAUAAUUCAUAGAUUAAUAUAGUCAGUGAUUUUUAUUGUAGAUGAGGAAAGCUGCAUUGGCUAUGCGCCAUGGUAACCUUUUAGAUGUAUUUGAUGGCUCAAAUUCCCAACCUGUCGCUUUGCCCUUUUCAUGGUUGGGCACUCCAGGCAGCAACUCCUAGCAUCAGCUCCCAGAAUGCACUUUGGCGAUUGUUAGACAUCUCCACACUCGUUCUGAGCAACAAUCUCAACUGACUGUUGUGGCUUCCCUUUGUGUCAUUUCCUCUCCUCCAAACCCCUCAAAAAAAGAGAAAAGAUAGAAUAGACUACGCAUGAGUUUUCUCUGAGCAAAUCUGUUUUUUUAGUGUAGGGUCAUUUAAGGGAAAGAUGGGAAAGCCAUCCAACACUACUGGCAUGAUACGGCAGUCUUCUGAUGCUUUGUUGGCAAAGAGUUGACCUGGUUUGUGUGUUUUGAUCGGGCCGGCUGUGCGAAGUUCAGCUGUGCAUCUGAAAUGGCUUCACUAACAGACCAAUUAUAUACAUGGAAAAUGAAAACUGUCUACCAUCAACUCCAGCAAAUAAAACUCGUAGAAUUUUAA